AUGGCACAAAGCCUGUGGCUCUGAGAUACCUGUCUCCUCGAUCUGCUGUGUCUUGCCAGCACAGCAUUAGGCAAUAUCUUUGAAUAUGAAGUAGACUCACAGCCCUUACGUCCUUGUGAACUUCAGAGGAAAGAAGCAUUCCUUAAGAAAGAAGAUUACGUCCCCCAGUGCUUAGAAGAUGGCAGAUUUCGGAAUGCACAAUGCAACAAUGAUGGCCUUUCAUGCUGGUGUGUGGAUGCUGAAGGAAAAGAAGUACCAGGGAGUAGGCAAGCAGGAUUGCCAGCCGCCUGCCUGUCCUUUUGCCAGCUCCAAAAACAGCAGAUCUUGGUAAGCAGCUAUAUCAAUAGCACUGCCACAUCCUACCUCCCUCAGUGUCAAGAUUCAGGAGAAUAUGAGCUGGUACAAUGUGACCUGGGAAUGGUCCAGUGCUGGUGUGUGGAUUCUGAAGGAAUGGAAGUGUAUGGGACACGGCAGCGGGGGAAGCCAACACGAUGUCCAGGAAGCUGUGAGAUUAGAAACCGCCGCAUCCUUCAUGGUGUGGGAGAAAAGUCACCUCCUCAGUGUUCAUCUGAUGGAGAGUUUAUGCCAGUCCAGUGCAAAUUCGUCAACACUACAGACAUGAUGAUUUUUGACCUGGUUCAUAGCUACAACAGGUUCCCAGAGGUGUUCUUGACAUUCAGUUCCUUCAGAACCAGAUUCCCAGAAGUUUCUGGGUAUUGCCAUUGUGUUGACAGUCAGGGACGGGAACUGGAAGAGACAGGAUUAGAAUUACUGCUGGAUGAAGUUUAUGACACAAUUUUUGCUGGCCUGGAUCCUGCUUCCACCUUCACAGAAACUACCCUGUACCGGAUCCUUCAGAGACGGUUUCUAGCAGUUCAAUUAGUCAUCUCUGGAAGAUUCCGAUGUCCAACAAAGUGUGAGAUUGAGAGGUUGGCAGCAACUAGCUUUGGACAUGCCCAUACUCCAUCCUGCAAGGACAAUGGAGACUACCAGCCUGUACAGUGCCAACAGGGAGGACUGUGCUGGUGUGUGGAUGCCAGCGGGAGAGAAAUCUAUGGGACUCGACAGCAGGGGAAGUUACCAAACUGUGGUGCAGAAGGAUCCUGUGUCUCAGAGAGGCAGCAGGCUUUGUCCAAGCUCUUCUUUGGACCUGGCGGACACUUUAGCCAACGCAGUUUAUUCUUUGACCCAGAAGAAAGGCAAGAACCCCAGAAAGGCACAAGGUUUGCCAAGUCCUGUCCACCUUUUUUCAGAGAGCUCUUCGUGGACUCUGGGUUGUUGCUCCCUCUUACUAAAAGGGGAGAUGCUAAGCAGCUCUUCACCUUGGAAGCUGUCCUCGGUGAAGCCAUUGGGGCAAUAUUUCCCUCCAGAGACUUAGCUCUAGUUGCCCUCCAGUUCACCACUGACCCAAAGAGACUCCAACAGAACCUUUUUGGAGGGAAAUUCUUGGAGAAUAUAAGCCGAUUUAACUUAUCUGGGGCCAUUGGUGCCAAGAGCACAUUCAACUUUGCCCAGUUUUUUCAGCAAAUUGGCCUCCAAGGAAUCAAGAACAAAGGAGAUUUAGUUGAACUGACCAAACGGCUAUCAGUUGGCCAAGAUUCCAUCCGUGACGAGGAGGUACCUGUAGAUUCAAAGGAAAGGUUGAAUCUGAAUCAACCGAUUGUGGGCAGCUUUGGCCAGAAGAUUAAUUUGCAGGAAAACCAAAACAGGCUCAACUUUCUUGCCUCUAUUCUGGAGCUACCAGGUUUUCUCCUCUUCUUGAGGAGUGUGAUUUCGGUCCCAGAGAAUGUAGCCAGAAGUCUAGGUGAUGUAGUGAAAAUGGCCCUCAACUCCCAGGCUUGUGAGCAACCAUCCAGGGAGCUGUUUGUUCCCACAUGCACCAAAGUGGGCAGUUAUAACCAGGUUCAGUGCUUCGCUGGAGAGUGCUGGUGUGUGGAUCCCCAGGGCAGGGAGCUCCCAGCUUCAAGGAUUCGAGGCCAACACCCCAGGUGUCCCACUAAGUGUGAGAAACAAAGAGAACAGGCACAAGUUUUGAUGAGAAGCCUGUCUGCAGGGUCAAGUCUUUCUGUCCCCUCCUGUUCAAGUGAUGGAAGUUUCCUGCCCAUUCAGUGUUCUGAUUCUGGGUGUUACUGUGUUGAUUCUGAGGGUCAAGCCAUUCCUAGAACUGAAACAGUGGAUGGAGAACCCAAGCAAUGCCCAACUACUUGUCAGUUGGCUGCUGAACAAAUGUUUUUGCAGACAGUCCAAACCCUCCUGGGUGAGCCCAGCCUGUUGCCCCAACUCUCUGACAUCUAUAUUCCACAGUGUAAUUCCAGAGGUCAGUGGAAAAGGGUGCAAUGCAAUGGACCCCCUGAGCAAGCCUUCAAGUGGUACCAGCGAUGGAUCACCCAGAACAGUGGUGGCCAAGAGCUGCCCCCUGCUGAGCUGAUCCAAAAGAUAGUGAGCUAUCGAGAAACAUCUGAGACCUUUAGCACCUUCAUUGAAAACUUGUAUGAGGCUGGCCAACAGAAUAUCUUCCCACUGCUCACCGGCUACUCUUCCUUCCAAGCCGUGCCAAUUAAAGCAUUGGAAGGCAAUGUGACACUGGCUGGGGAUGACAUUCUUUUUGAUCCAUUCACAUUCUGGCAACUCCUGACAGGACGGCUCAGUCGUUAUCCUGGGCGUUACACUGAUUUCAGGUCCCCCUUGGGCCAUUUUGAACUUAGAAAUUGUUGGUGUGUAGAUGAGAGUGGGAAAGAAUUGAAAGGAACUCGGGUUGAACCCAACAAAGUCCCCACAUGUCCUGGUACUUGUGAGGAGGUGAGACUCCAAGUCAUUCAGUUCAUUGAGGAAACAGAAGAAAUCAUCAGGGCUUCCAACAGCUCCCAGUUUGCCUUGGGGGAGAGUUUUCUGAUGGGCUAAGGGAAUCCUGCUGAGGCGAUGAAAGAGGUCUCCCGUCCUCUCUCCUUCCCAUGGGAGACAUUUUCCCUGUUCCGCGGGAGUGAUUAUGCCCUCCGAAUAGCAGCCCAGUCCCAGUAUGUCUUGGGAUCUUUCUUAUGUCUUGUUCAUACCAGCAGGCCAGUGGCGGGGGCCGUCUUCUCUAAUCUGCCUUCCUCAGGGCUGGCUUUGUCCUUCUAUCAAAGAAGCUACUCUGCUCUGGGAAACCCUGUGAAUGAAGCUGCCCUCCUGGGAUAUCGUCCAUAUGUACCACAGUGUGAUGGAUUUGGUCACUGGGAGCCUCUCCAGUGUUCUGAAAGUACCGGGCACUGCUGGUGUGUGGAUGAGAAGGGGCAGUAUGUUGCAGAUUCCUUGGUUGCUCGCUCUGCAAGAUUGCCACAGUGUCCCUCAGCAUGUGAAAAAUCUCGGACUAAUGGGUUGCUUUCCAGCUGGGAACAAGGGGGAAUUGAAGGCAGUACUUCUCCGGGAGACCUAUUCACCCCAUCCUGCUUGGAGACAGGAGAAUACAACCAGCUACAGGAAUCUGACCGCAGUACCUGGUGUGUGAACCCAGUGUCCAGGGAGGGCGCACAAUUCGAUCAACUCCCUUCUAACAGCAGCAUCCAGUGCCCUAGCAUUUGUAACAUAGUAAUGGAAAAAGCCACCUUGAGGGAAGUUGGCAAUGGAUACAUCCCAACUUGUGAAGGAAAGGAUGGACGUUUCUCACCAGUGCAAUGUGACGAGGAUCAGGGGAACUGCUGGUGUGUGCUCAGGAAUGGUGAAGAGGUGCCAGGAACACGAGUCACUGGAGGCCGACCCUCAUGUGAAAGUCCUCAGUGUCUACUGCCCUUUAGAGCCUCUGAUGUAGUCCAUGGAGUCAUUCUUUGUGAGAAGGGCACUGAACAAGGACAGGCUGUUCAGCAAUGCCAGCUUAUAUGUCGCCAAGGCUAUCACAUUGCUUUGCCUCGUGGGCCAUUUAGAUGCAAUGUAGAAAAUCAGCGUUGGAUUUCAGAGUCUCCUUUGCCCCAGGCUUGUCAGAAGCUCCAGUUGUUGCAGAUUGUGCAAACCCAAGUACAAUUCCAUCUUCAGCUUCCCCAAGGGAAGAUGUGCAGUGCUGACUACUCUGGCUUAUUCCAGGCUUUCCAGAGUUUCAUCCUGGAUGAACUAAAGGCCCGCGGCUUCUGUCAGAUUCAGGUGAACACUCAGGGAAAUAUUGCCUCCUUUCCUAUCUGUGAUGACUCUACAGUGAAGGUGGAAUGUGUGACUUUGGAGCGCCUAGGAGUGAAUGUUACAUGGAGAGCCCAGCUUGAGGACAUCCCGGCAACUGCUCUUCCUGACUUCUAUGAUAUCGAAAAUGCCUUUGUGGGAAAUGACCUUGUUGGACGCUUUGUAAAGUUGAUCCAGAGUGGUGGUUUCCAGCUUCAUUUAGAUUCUAAGACAUUCCCAGCAGACACCACUAUACGAUUCCUCCGAGGGGAUGACUUUGACAUAUCUCCCAGUGUUCAAUUUGGAUGCAAGAAAGGAUUCCAGAAGUACUCACCACCAGGCAAAACAGUCCUGGAUUCACCUGGAUGUGUUGUUUGCCCUGAAGGCAGCUACUUUCUGGAUGAAGAAUGUGUCCCCUGUUCUCUCGGAUUCUACCAAGAGCAGCCAGGCAGCUUGGCCUGUGUCCGCUGUCCUGCAGGCAGAUCUACCAUUUCAACAGGAGCUUUCAGCCAAAGUCACUGUGUCACUGACUGUCAGAGGAAUGAACUGGGAUUGAAGUGUGAUGAUGAUGGCGGAUACAUUCCUAGCCAGAAAGACCCCAGUGACGGGAGAUCCUUCUGUGUGGACAGCCUUGGAAAGAUGUUGGCAUGGACAGAAACAGCUGGUCCUUUGACCAAUUCCCAGUGCCUAAUGCUCCAGAAGUUCGAGCGAGCCCCAGAAUCUAAAGUUAUCUUCAAUGCCAACAAUGCCGUGGUGGUUCAAUCUAAAAUGGUGAAAGGAGAAUUUCCACUGAUGCAGUGCCUCUCAGAAUGUUCUAUUGAUGAAGCUUGUAGCUUCCUCACAGUGGCUGGGGCCGGAUCUGAUGCUGUAUGUGAUUUCUACGCUGGCACAGAUGUCAACAUUGAUUGUGUAGCAUCCAGUCAGGAACAAGAUGCCCUGGGAAACACUGCUGCAACCAGCUUUGGACAUCUGAACUGUCUUCUUAAAGUGAAAAAUGAUGAUAACGCUUCUGUGACUGUAUAUUUGAAAAAAGGGUAUGAGUUCACCACAUCUGGUCAGAAAACAUUUGAGAAAACGGAUUUCCAGAAUACUCCCUCAGGAGUCUACCAGUCCAUCAUGUUCUCAGCAGAUGCAGUAAAUCUGACAGAUACUCACCUCUACUGCCGCCUGGCCUGUGACAGAGAACCCUGCUGUGAUGGCUUCAUCCUCACUCAGACUUUGCUCGGAGGGGGUACAAUCCUCUGUGCGCUGAUGAGCUCCCCUGAUGUCCUGCUCUGCAAUAAAAAUGACUGGAGGCCAUCUUCAGAGGGCCAGGGUGCUGGCAUAUGUGACAAUGUGAAGUAUGACCCAAGGAAGAAGCAGUUUAUAUUGAGCCUGGGAGGGCAAGAGUUCACAGGAAGUUCAGAGCUUCUUAAAGAAGUCCCAGGCCCCUUUAUAAGUUUCCAAGAAGUUUAUCUCUGGAAGGACUCAGAUGCAGCUACUCCAGUGAAGUCUACAGAAUGUAGCCGGGAUAUGGCUCAAGGACGGGUUACUCCACCAAUACCAGAUUCAACGAUGGAACUUUUCUCCCAGGUGAACGCAGAACUUAUUCUCAUAGAUGGAAACAGGACUGUGGCCAGCCAACAGUACAGGCUCUUCAAGCUCCAGUAUUCAGCCCAGCAGGCAAAGCUGUGGUGUCUCUCUCGCUGCACUCAAGAGAACAUUUUCUGUCAGCUGGUGGAGGUACGGAAUACCAGUAGUGGGGAUUUCACCUGCACCCUCUUCCCAGAAGAUCAGAAGUGUGACAAUUCCCUUCCAUUCACACCUGAGAGCUGCACUUUUGUCCUUCCCUACAGGCCACAGACCCUUUUUCACAAAAAAGUUGUCUUGGGAGACACAGUGAAGGCAUUUUAUACUCGCCUGCCAUUUCAAGUGCUGAGGGGGAUUUCAGUACGAAGCAAAGUGCCUAUGACUGGAAAGCCUGUUUCCAAUGGGUUCUUUGAAUGUGAGCGGAGAUGUGAUGCUGAUGCCUGCUGCAAAGGCUUUGGUUUCCUCAAUGUUUCCCAGACACAAGGAGGAGAGGUGAUGUGCCUGACUCUGAGCAAUCUAGGAUUCCAGACAUGCAGUGAAGAAACAGGCCCAUGGCGUAUCUUGGACUGUAGCUUGCCUGAUACUGAAAUCAGAACGUAUCCCUUUGGCUGGUACCAGAAACCUGUGUUCCAGGGGAUUGCUCCCACUGUGUGCCCAUCUGCCCUUCUGCCUCCUCAACUAGAGAAAGUCUCUUUGGACUCAUGGCAAUCCAUAGCAAUCUCAUCAGCUCUCAUUGAUUCAUCUAUCAUGAACUUUGAUAUAGCCCAUGUCAACACAGAUGCUUCCAGCAACUUCUCUGCUGCCAGAGACCUCUGCCUGUCAGAAUGUUCCCAGAAGCCAGCCUGCCACAUCACAACCCUGGAGGUCCGGCCUUCUUCCAUCCGGUGCAUGUUCUAUCCAGAUACCCAGAGCUGCACACACAGCCUCCAGGGCCACAGCUGCCGGCUCUUGCUCAGGGAGGAGGCCGCCUACAUUUAUAGGAAGCGAGGUAUCUCCACGCUGAACUAUACCACAGACCCAGCCACGGUAUUCAUUGCCACCCAAGGGACUCUGAAGGGCAGAUCUGAGGCAAUUCAAGUGGGUACCGAGUGGAAACGAGUCAUACAGUUCUUUGGAGUUCCAUAUGCGGCACCACCACUGGCACAGAAGCGAUUCAGUGCACCAGAAUCAUUUAACUGGACUGGGUCUUGGGAGGCCAUGGUGCCACGGGCCAACUGUUGGCAGCCUGGAUUUGGAAAGGCCUCAUCUUCCACUGUCAGUGAAGACUGUUUGUACCUGAAUGUGUUUGUCCCUCAAAACCUUGGUCGGAAUGCAUCAGUGCUAGUGUUCUUUCACAACACUGGUGAAAAUGGUGGGAGAAGGGAGCAGCUAGACCUGGAAGGAUCGUUUCUUGCUGCAGUUGGAGAUGUCAUUGUGGUCACUGCAAGCUACCGAGUUGGCAUCUUUGGCUUCCUGAGCACUGGAUCUAGUGAGGCCAGUGGAAACUGGGGUCUGUUGGAUCAGGUAACAGCUCUGAAAUGGGUACAGGCUCACAUCACCAGCUUUGGUGGAGAUCCCCGCCAGGUGACUGUGGCAGCAGAUCGAGGCGGUGCUGACAUCACCAGCAUCCACCUUCUGACGACCACUGCUAACUCCAGACUCUUCAAAAGAGCAGUCCUGAUGGGUGGCUCAGCCUUCUCUCCUGCAGCAGUGAUUAGCCAGAAAAGGGCUCAAGAACAGGCAGCAGCUCUUGCCCAGGAAGUCAGUUGUCCAACCUCUCCUGAUGGUGAAAUGAUGUCCUGCCUCCGCCAGAAACCUGCUGACAUUCUCAAUGAUGCUCAAACCAAGCUCUUGGCAAUCAGUGGCCCAUUUCAUUACUGGGGACCUGUGGUUGAUGGCUUCUACCUCCAAGAGGAUCCAACCAGAGCAUUGCAGCGAUCUCCGAGGGCAAAAGUGGAUCUGCUCAUUGGAAGCGCUCAACGGGAUGGGCUGAUCAGCAGAGCAAAGGCUAUUAAGAAAUUUGAAGAGAGUCAAGGCAGAACCAGUAGCAAAACAGCCUUUUACCAAGCUUUACAGAAUUCCCUGGGCGGAGAGAACUCAGACACUAGGAUUGAAGCUGCAGCGACAUGGUAUUAUUCCCUCGAGCAUUCAGCUGAAGAUUAUUCCACAUUCUCCAGAGCACUGGAAAAUGCUACCCGGGACUACUUUAUCAGCUGUCCCAUUAUUGACAUGGCUAAGCAAUGGGCAAUGGAAACCCGAGGGAACAUCUACAUGUACUAUGUGCCUGAAACCUACUCUCAGAAUGGCCUGGAGUUGCUGGCUGAUGUCCAAUAUGCCUUUGGGCUACCCUUCCAUCCUCAGUAUGAACAGCAGUUUACUCUGGAAGAAAAAAGCCUGUCACUGAAAAUAAUGCAGUAUUUCACCAACUUCAUCAAGACAGGAAAUCCCAAUUAUCCUUAUGACUUCUCAAGGAAAGUACCAGAGACUACAGCCUUCUGGCCAGAAUUCCUUCCCCAUGCUAAUGGAGAUAACUAUAAAGAAUUUAGCCCUGGACUUCCAAAUCACCAGGGACUGAAAAAAGCUGAAUGUUCUUUCUGGUCCAAGUACAUCCAGACACUGAAAACAUCUACAGAUGAAACUGAGAGCCAGAAGCCAUUGGCAGAAGAGGAUCUUAGCCCUGGGUUUGUGGGGAUCGAGGCACCACCAAGUGUCCCUGAGCAGGGCCAGACUAGCUACAGCAAAUGACAAAAAUAUAAUAUUUAGGAUGAAUGACUUACAUUAUGUUUAGCUAUAUCUCACAACUACCAAGCUCUCCUCCCUGCCCAGUUACUAUACCAUACAUCUUUAUGUCCCUAAUA